ACACUAAUUUAACAAAAUCUUCAAUUCUCAUCUGCAAAUAUGAAGAAGAAUCUUUUCCUUUCCCUCCUCAUUUCCUCCCUCUUUUCCCUUUCCCUCUCAGAACUCUGCAACCACCAUGACAAGAAAGUUCUCCUCCAAAUCAAACAAGACUUUGGCAAUCCUUACCUUCUUGCUUCUUGGAAGGCAGACACUGAUUGCUGCACACAAUGGUACCAGGUCGAGUGUGACUCUACCACCCACCGUAUCAUUUCCCUCACCAUUUUUGCUGGUAAUCUUUCUGGAGAAAUUCCCCCUGCUGUUGGUGAUUUGCCUUAUCUCCAGACCCUUGUGUUCCAUAAGCUAACAAACGUUACAGGCCCCAUACAACCAGCCAUUGCCAAGCUCAAAAGCCUCAACUUUCUCAGGCUUAGUUGGCUAAGCCUCACUGGAUCAGUGCCUGACUUUCUUGGCCAACUCAAGAAUCUCACGUUCUUGGACCUGGCUUUUAACAGACUCUCUGGAUCAAUACCGAGUUCGCUUGCUUUACUGCCAAAUCUUGGUGCACUUCACUUGGAUAGGAACAGGCUUACAGGCUCUAUCCCAGAAUCAUUCGGUGCAUUUCAAGGCAACGUACCUGGCCUUUACUUGUCUCAUAACCAACUUUCAGGUAAAAUCCCUGCAUCUUUGGGCAAUCUGGACUUCGGUGCCAUCGAUUUCUCUCGCAACAAGCUUGAAGGCGAUGCUUCUAUCCUGUUUGGGCCAAAUAAAACUACCCAAAUCGUAGAUCUUUCCAGGAAUUUGUUGGAAUUUGAUCUGUCAAAGGUGGCGUUUCAAAGCAGCCUAACAUCGUUGGACAUUAAUCACAACAAGAUCUACGGUAGCAUUCCCCAGCGGAUGACUCAACUCGAUCUGCAGUUCUUGAAUGUGAGUUACAACAGGCUUUGUGGGAAGAUUCCUGUGGGUGGUAAGUUGCAGAGCUUCGAUUACUCCACAUAUUUCCAUAACCGUUGCUUGUGCGGCGCUCCUCUUGAAAGCUGCAAGAAAGCCUAAGCAUUUUCUUCAUGUUAAUUAUGUAAAAGUUGUUGUUCACAUAACGACUGUAGCUUGCUUUUGAGAAUGUAUAGCUAGAUUUAGCUCAAGCAUACUUGUGGAAUGACCUUGAAACUUAUCCUGAUUCAGGAUUUCAAGAAUGUUAAUUGUGCAAUAUUUUUAAUAAUAAGAGAAUCUAUGGAUUUCGAUGUCUUUGAA